AUGGGUCCGGCGCCGGCUUUAAAAGCCCACCUCCCGGUUCUCCUCCUGAAUCCUGGGCUCAUGCAAGUAGUCCUCCCCAUCGCCCGUAAUGUCGGAGACUUCGAAGUUCUUGGUCUGAGCCACAGAUGUGCUCCGGGAGUGCCUCCGGACCCUGUCGUUGAUCGACUCCGUCAGGAGUGUCUCAUUAGGGGUUGGGGUCUGUUUGUCGUGUUCGGCCUCCCGGUCUACAUCUUUCAGUAUAGCCAUGAAGUCGAUUCCCUGGGACUGGAGCUCGUCAAUUCGGAUUUUGUCCGACAAGUACUCCACUAUACAUCUGAUGGAAAGGCAGAGGUGUCGACAGCACUCAACGGGUCGUCCAUUAUGGAGUACUUGUCGGACAAAAUCCGAAUUCUAGUCACACAUCAAAUCCAAUUCAUACGAAAAGCCACACAAAUACUGGUCUUAAGCUCAGAGGGCCGGUGCCUGGGGUUGGGCUCAUACGACGAGCUCCAGUCCCAGGGAAUCGACUUCAUGGCUAUACUGAAAGAUGUGGAUCGGGAGGCCGAACACGACAAACAGGAACGGGAGCUCAUGAGGCCGUUCUCCAAUAAUAGUUACGAUGCGAAACAGACCCCAACACCUAAUGAGACACUCCUGACGGAUUCGACCGACGACGGGGUCCGGAGGCACUCCCGGAGCACAUCUGUGGCUCAGACCAAGAACUUCGAAGUCUCCGACAUUACGGGCGAUGAGGAGGACUACUCGCAUGAGCCCAGGGUUCAGGAGGAGAACCGAGAGGUGGGCUCUAUCGGGGGGCACGUCUACUAUGAAUACUUUAAAGCCGGCGCCGGACCCAUACUGUUCACGAUUACCCUGUUCUCGACAUUCAUAUCUCACACUUUAUUGACUGAUAAAAAUCAAAAGGCUAAUGUAAUUGACCAUGAUACACGAAAUUAUUACGUCUACAUCUAUUCGGGACUAAUUGGGGCUCUGUUUGUGACGGCCCUAAUGCGGUCGACCACGUGGUUCAUGAUGUGUAUGCGGGCGUCCGUUAAUCUACACAACAGUAUAUUCACGCGUCUAUUACGGGCACCGAUAGCCGUGUUCGACAACAACCCCGUCGGUCAAAUGCUAAACAGAUUCUCGAAAGACAUGGGGAUUGUCGACGAAAUGCUUCCCACCACUGGUUUUGACUUCAAUUUUUCGCUGUUUGAAACGAUUGGUAUUAUAAUAACGGUGGCCACUGUCAAUUCGCUGUUUGAAACAAUUGGUAUUAUAAUAACGGUGGCCACUGUCAAUGUUUAUCUAAUCAUCCCGGGUAUUUUCUUAAUUAUACUUAUGGUGAUUGUGAGGGGCAUAUACAUGAAAUCGGCCAGGGAUAUUAAACGUUUUGAGGGGAUAACGAGAAGUCCAGUGUUUACUCACGUGAGCACAACCCUCAAUGGGUUGGACAGUGUGCGGGCCUAUGGGGCACAGGAGGCCUUUGAGCACCAGUACUAUAUCUACCAAAAUGACCACACUGCCACCUGGUUCCUAUUUGCCUGUGCAUCCCGAACCCUGAGCCUCAUUACGGACUGGAUAUGUGUGGCAUAUUUAGUGGCCAUAGCCGUCGUGAUGAUGGUAUUCCCCGAACAGAUUGGAAACGGCGGUAGUGCCGGACUGGCCCUCUCGACAGCCCUAAUGAUGACCGGAGAGACUCAAUGGGGAGUCAAACAGUCGACUGAAUUUGAAAGUCAGAUGACUUCAGUCGAG